CACCAAGUAAACUUAACCCAGUUCAGGCAGACUGUCAGGACUCUUAAUGAAGUUUCUAGCUUUUGAUCAAACCCCAUGCUCAUGGCCCGAGGCACACACAGCUUUUGAGCAGCCCCUGUGCGGACGGCCUGAGGCACACACAGCUCACUUGUUGGUAGCUCCUGUGGAGAGUACAGGCCAGGCCGUACUGCCUAAUGACAAUCACCACCCUUUGGCCCAGAAGUUACACUUCCGUAUAUUUUGGGUGUGAGCCUAGCCUUUAAUGGCUGAGCUAUCUCUCCAGUCCAGAAGUUACAUUUCCUGCCUGUGCUAGUUCCCGGGGUUAACAUGGAAUGCACAAGGCUGUUCUCAGCUGGGUGGUUCCUGACAGCCCCGGCAUGGAGCUGGCCCAGAGGCUUUCAGUGAAGCACUGUCUGUCUGCAGGAUUGCAGCCCAAGGAGAGGGCCCUCACCCGGACCCAGCAGCUGGGCCUCCUCCCACCAGAACUGGGGGAGAAUGAAGUUCUGCUGUCCACCAGGAAGGCCCGGGCCACCCGGAGGAACCAGCUGGAUGUCCCCUAUGGAGAUGGCGAAGGGGAGAAAAUGGACAUCUACUUUCCCGAUGAGGAUUCCAAGGCUUUCCCCCUCUUCCUGUUCUUUCACGGAGGAUACUGGCAGAGCGGAAGUAAAGAUGACUCGGCCUUCAUGGUGACCCCGCUGACAGCACAGGGUGUGGUCGUGGUGAUAGUGGCUUACGACAUCGCACCCAAAGGCGCACUGGACCGGAUGGUGGACCAGGUGACCCGCAGCGUUGUGUUUCUACAGAGGCGGUAUCCAAGCAACGAGGGAAUCUACCUCUGUGGACACUCUGCGGGAGCUCACCUGGCUGCCAUGGUGCUCCUUGCUAGUUGGACCAAGCAUGGCGUCACGCCCAACCUCCAAGGCUUUCUCCUGGUGAGUGGGAUCUAUGACCUGGAGCCCCUCAUUUAUACCUCCCAGAAUGCCCCUCUGCACAUGGCCCUGGAAGACGCUCAGAGAAACAGCCCACAGCGCCGCUUGGAGGUGGCUCCACCGACGCCCGUGGGUCCAGCCUGUCCUGUGGUGGUGGUUGUGGGUCAGCACGACUCUCCAGAAUUCCACCGGCAGUCCAGGGAGUUCUAUGAGACGCUGCACCGAGUAGGACUGAAGGCCUCUUUGCAGGAACUGCCUGACGUGGAUCACUUUGACAUCGUAGAGAAUCUGACCCGAGAGGAUCACGCACUCACCCAGAUUAUUUUGAAAACAAUCUUCCCAACGCUCUAAGGACAGCCGUCUCCAGCCUGUGUGUACCCCAGAAAACCUCCAGAAGAGGUGACUGCCACCUAACACUGUCCCUGCUGUGGACACACCCUCCCUGUCAUUCUCCUCCCUGCCCAGAUGGAGCUCCAGGGAAAGCCUACAGAUUGGCGCUGUGACGUGCACCCAGCUACCACCUGGCCAAGUCUGUCUCCCCUCCUGCUGACAGGGCGUGACAGUCAGCUUCUGGCUUGUGCUCUAUGUGUUUUGCAGUAUCAGUGAGGACUGACUGGGGCUGGGACUGUUACUCAGCCCCUGUCUCCCUCUACAAAAGAGGGCGGGGACCGGAGAAGGAAUGAAGGUGUAAGAGAUCAACCAGCCAGUGAUCGAGUGUAACUCAGUGGCAGAAUGAUUGACCAGCACGCAUAGGAUUCUGGGUUCAAUCCCUGGUAUUGACAAGGACAAAAUAAAGGGGAAAAAAAAAAGACAGAGAGACGAUCGAGCCCAGUGUGGUGGUGUACACCUGAAUCCCAGCACGGAAGCAGGAGGAUUGCUUGUGAGUUCAAAGCCAGCCUGAGCUACAAGACCCAGUCUCAAAGAAAAGGGCUGGUGAGAUGGCCCAGCGGGUCAGAGCACUGUCACCAUGUCUGACAGUCUGUGUUUGGUCCUGGGGGCCCAUGGAAAGGAACAACCAACCGCCCCAAGUUACCCUUUGACUGUCAUGUGUGUGUGUAUGUGUGCACACACACUUACACACAUACAUGAUGAUGAUGGCAAUAAAAGCCCAUGCUUGUGCCUGCUGUA